UUAUUCGACGUCCAAGUUAAGUUGAUAGUGACUUCUGUCGAGCAACGAGACAUUUUCCAUCGACGAGCAGGGACUCGGGCCACAAGCUACAGGCAUCUAUCCCGUUGGCGAAUCAACUUUGCCAUAGUCACCCCGCAUCGAGGAAGCAUCGUAUCUGGAGCAACAGUUGAAUAUCAAAUCCCUCUGCGGGCUAAAAAGAACUGAAAACGAGAACGCGAUUAAUUCGAUUGCGCCCUUCAUUAUCAUCAUCGUCAUGGAUUCAAACCCUUUUGACAACCGCCUGGACGACCCGGCUCCUGCAUAUGAGGAAUCACUCCCCUCUGUAGUUUACAACAAGGACACAGUCAAAGACAUCCCCAGCUCAUCGCAGUCUCGACUACCUCUGUCAACUCAACUCGCUGACACCCGGACCCAACGAGUCGACGCCAUUCUCACAAAAUACGUCGAACCCCUCUUACUCUCGCAAGGUGCCUCAGGACUCUACAAAACAACGUUUGUCCUUGUGCCUUCAUCCGUCUCCAGCCUGCAAGAUGCAGUCAGCAACGCCUACACGACGCCCGAAGAACCUCAAAUCGUCGGCUUCCCGUCCAACGAAGUCGUCAAGCUGAUCCGGCUCCAGGGCGAAGAGAACGCCAUGGAAUUCUGGCGGCAGCCAGCCGUUGUUGCGGAGCUGGACUCUGCUCUGAAAGCAAAACUUGCUGCAAGUGGCCAUCGACUGUAUCAACCCUCAUCCAGCGGCGAAAUGACCAGUGAUGUUGUCGAUGCAGCGAGUUCUCCAGCACCCGCCCCGGAACCCGCCGCGAAGACGAUAGCAACAACAAAAAAGUCGUUUUGGGGGCGUACGAAAGACUUGUAUGCCUCCAAGGGGCAAGAUUUGAGAGAUGUCGUCAUUGUCGACCGGAAACUUGGUUGGCGGGCGUCUGGAGAGCAUGAUGCAAACGCACCUGGGAAGAUACCUACGGGCCUGGUUGACGUAUCUAUUGUGUGGAAGGAGGUGUGCUUACGAAUUGCAAACGAGAUGGGCCUGUAUGAAAGUAAAAAAGGGCCUGCGCUUUGUAUGACAGUUGAAGUCGGAUCCUAGUUGCGGAUUUUAUGAUUGAAUGAAACGAAUAAACAAAAAGAAUCCCAAGUUUAAAUGUACCAAAUAGUUCUUCCCGGCUGCAA